UUGCUCUUAACUUACUUAGGUAAUUCUGUGAAGGAGUCUGUAGAACAGUUCUGUAAAAUUUGGGAACAACUCAUUAUAUUUGCUUGCAAUUUGUUAAGAAUCAAGCAAAUCUGAGAAUUCCCAUAGAGUACUGUUUUGGGUGGCCAUUGAAGUCUUAAAAUCGCUUAUUCAUACAAUUUUUAGGCAGUUAACAGUCUAUUUUUGAAAGAAUUGGUUUGAUUGAUGGAUAUUGCAUGCGAUUUAAAUGUCAAAGGUUAUUUUUUUUACGGAUAAGCUGAGAACGGAAACUCCCAUGUCUAUAUCAGGUCCUUUGAAUAAUGAAGCCCUUUCAGAAGAGAAUUUUGAUUGUUUACGAAGCAAAGAGGAGAAACCACUUCAGCUAACCGGUUUGGAUGAAUUACAAGUGAAGCAGUUUCUUAAAGAAACAAAGAUUUCAUCUUCGGUCCCAAUGUCGAUCCCUUUAAUUGUACCUGAGAAUUUCGGAAUAGUUUAUCCAAACAUAAUGUAUCGCUCAUCAUGUCCCAAUCUGAUGAAUUUUCCUUUUCUUGAAUCUCUGUCUAUUCGUACCAUCGUCUCAUUGCGUCAAGAUGAAUAUACUCAAGAAGAAUUGGAAUACAUGAAAAAGAGAAAUAUAGCUUAUUAUCAUGUCGGAAUGCCAGGAAGCAAGUAUCGGAAACAAGAAUUUAAAACAGACGGAGAACAGAGUGAUUAUAUGGAUAUUGAUUCUUUAGUCAGGAAAUCCCUUCGCGUAAUAUUAAAGAAAGAAUCUUGGCCGGUGCUAAUUCAUUGCAGCGGAGGAAAGCAUCGCACCGGAAUUGUAAUAGGCUCUCUUCGUGCACUUAUGGAUUGGCCUGUGCAGGAGAGGAUUGAGGAAUAUGUCUGUCAUUCUCAUCCGAAAGAACGUGAAGUAGAUAAAGAGUACAUUCGAAACUUUGCGGCCGAUUCUACCCUUGUAACACUAGCUAAUGAUUUGAAAAAGUAUACUCAAACUGUCAAUGAGGACUGAGGACUUAUAAUAAUUCACUAAUGUCUUUGUUUAAAAUCUUAUUGACGUCUCUUUAUUUUAACCAACUCUUAACUAACGUUAAUGUUGAGUGUACAACGCUGUCUCUAAAAAGCAUAUUACUAAGUUUUGGAAGUUGAGGGAAUUAAAAUUUGCUUUAUGUAAAUAAUGUGAAU